AGCCGGAGGAAGGCAGGGCAAAGAAUAAGAUCACCAACGAGAGCCACCGAAAGUGGGGGGCGAGAGAGAGAGAGAGAGAGAGAGAGAGAGAACGAGCGCGUAAGAAGAGGGGGAAGAGAAAGGGAGAGAGUCGCGGAGAAGAGGGCACGCGCAUGGCGACGCUGCAGAGUUGGCGGAAGGCGGUGGGCGCGCUCAAGGACACAACCACAGUCGGUCUCGCCAAUCUCAACAGCGAUUUCAAGGAUUUGGACGUGGCUAUCGUUAAAGCCACCAAUCACGUCGAGUGCCCGCCCAAAGAGCGCCAUCUCAGGAAGAUCUUGUUAGCCACUUCGAUCACGCGGCCCCGCGCAGAUGUAGCCUAUUGCAUCCACGCCCUCGCUCGGCGCCUUGCCAAGACCCACAAUUGGACGGUGGCAUUGAAGACACUUAUAGUAAUCCAUAGGACCCUUAGGGAGGGUGAUCCUACAUUUCGUGAAGAGCUUCUUAAUUUCUCACAAAGGGCAAAAAUUCUUCAACUAUCAAACUUCAAGGAUGACUCAAGUCCUAUUGGUUGGGAUUGUUCUGCAUGGGUGCGUACUUAUGCAUUGUUUUUGGAAGAAAGACUUGAAUGUUUCAGGAUUUUGAAGUAUGAUGUCGAAGCUGAGCGUUUGAUACGACCUUCUCAGGGUUCUGAAAAGGGGCACAGCAAAACCAGAGAAGUGGAUAGUGAAGACCUAUUGGAACAGUUGCCUGCUCUGCAGCAGUUAUUAUAUCGGCUUAUUGGAUGUCGUCCAGAAGGAGCUGCUAUUAGCAAUUAUGUUGUCCAAUAUGCUCUAGCAUUGAUAUUGAAAGAGAGCUUCAAAAUCUAUUGUGCUAUUAAUGAUGGAAUCAUCAACCUUGUUGAUAAGUUCUUUGAGAUGCCAAGGCAUGAAGCAGUUAAAGCACUUGAAAUAUACAGAAGGGCUGGCCAGCAGGCUGCAAGUCUUUCUGAAUUCUAUGAAGUUUGUCGUGGACUUGAACUUGCUAGAAAUUUCCAGUUUCCAAACUUGAGAGAGCCUCCACAAUCAUUUCUUGCAACUAUGGAAGAAUACAUCAGAGAGGCUCCACGGGUAGUUUCCAUCUCUAGAGAGCCGCUGGAAUACCCAGAAAGGCUCCUUUUGACAUACAAAGUAGAAGCAGUUCCUGCUACAGUCGAUGAAGAAGAAACACCGAUUGCUGAACCUGAAUCUGAACCUGGACCACUACCAUCCACCAUUGAAGUUGCAUCUCCUGCUACACCCGUUAAGAUCAAUGGUUCAGACACUGGCGAUCUUCUUGGACUAAAUGAAACUAAUUCAUAUGCAUCAGCAAUAGAGGAUACUAAUGCUCUGGCCCUAGCCAUUGUUCCAGCUGGUAUGUUUGAUGCUACGACAAACUCUGGUACUGUUCAAGAUCAAGUAUUUGAUCCAACAGGCUGGGAACUUGCCCUGGUGACUACUCCAAGUAGCAAUAAUGCAACUGCUGUUGAAAGCAAAUUGGGUGGUGGAUUUGACAAGCUCACAUUGGAUAGUUUAUAUGAUGAGGCAGCAUACAGACAGCAGCAGCAGCAGCAGCAGCAGCAGCUUUAUGGAGUGCCACCCCCAAAUCCAUUCAUGACAACUGAUCCAUUCGCAAUGUCAAACCAAGUCGCUGCUCCGCCAGCCGUUCAAAUGGCUGCCAUGGCCCAACAGCAGCAACAGAUGUCCAUGUUCAUGCAGUCGAAUCCCUUUGCUCAGCCUCUGUAUCAGCAGCAGCCUGUCAGCGCGGCGACUGCUUCGAAUCCCUUUGGUGAUGCCGGGUUUGGAACUUUCCCAGUAAGUAAUCCGCACCAAGAGAGCAACCCUUUUGGAAAUCCCCAGCUGAUCUAAGCUCAGGGAAUGGUGUCCAUAUAGUCCUACAGCCACCACAGGAAUUUUUUGUGCCCAUUGUGUGUUACCUGUCUUUUGUAAUUUGGUCAGGAUCAAUUGUCUUGGUUGUAAAAGAAACUCAAAGUAAUAAUCGAGUUAUAUGAAAUAUGUGAUGUAGCUACGUGAAAUUGAACAAAGCGUCUGGCCCUGUCCGAUUUGCAUUCUC